UGAACUUUGAACUCUGAAACCGAGCCCAGUUCAGGCCUAAACCGUCGACAUUCUACGGGUCUCUCUCUGCAACUCCAUUAUAUAACAGUAACUUCUCUUGGCAAUCACUCUGCUCGUCGAGUUUUAAAGCACUGAUCGUGACGGAAAGAGAAGAAGAAGCAGAGAUGGAAGAUGUGAUAACAGACAUUCCCCCACCAUCAAGGUUCUUCCAAGAAGACCUAAACAACUUCACUGCUCCAUCACCCACUCUUCCCCCCCCUUUCCUCAUCUUCUCCAACCCAAAAACCAAGCCUAACAGUCCUCUCCGUCCUUCCCUCCUUAUCAUCGCCAUCUCUACUCCGUCUAUCAUUCUCCUCCAUCACUGCGUCUCUUCCAAACCCCCAAUCGGGACUCUGUUGCUUCCAGAGAUCUCCUUAUCUGGCAACUCCAUCGAACCCUCACCCAAGGAUAAAUCUUGCCACAUUUACGCCGUCGACGAUGAGAACUCAAUCAUGGCGGUCCUCGUACAGUUCCGUGUGGUCGCAGAGAGGUCCCAUGCGGUGGCGAAGUUGCUGAUCGACGGAGAAGCGCAAAUUUGUCCCGAGAGGGUUCUGAUACUGGAUUCGGUGCAGAGUCGGAACUUCCGCGGCAAUCUGCCACCGGAUGAGGAACUUGCUUUUAAGCUCGAGACUACAGCGGCAUUGAUGGAAGAACAGGAAGGGCUGGGUGCGCUGAUUAGGGGUUUAGGGUUUUUCCUAUCGGGGAGUGUGAUGGAUGGCUUGGGUGCAGCGCUUUUGGGUCGAUGCCAGAUGAGGAGGAUCAAAGGGACCAUGUGUGUUACAUGGCCGGAAUCUGGGGCUCUGGCGGUGUCGCUGCUGAAGUCGCUACUCAUGGAUGUAUUGCCAAGCUUGGAACAUCUUAGGGUUAGUGAAAUGGAUGAUGAUGGUGGUCGUCUUGAUUCUGAGUUGUAUACUUGAUCCUUCUUAGUUGCAGAAUGAGGUACA